UUUCCUCACAACCAUGAACUAGUUAUCUUUCAAUCUAAGUCCCGUCUCCUCCAAAGUACACAACACAGAUGAAACUUCAAAGAUCAGACCUCUAGUCCAGUCCCGUCCAAGUACACAACCAAGACCUCUACUUUUAAGGCAAACUCACAAUUCCUAAAGAUGGAGAUGAUGAUGGUUAACAUCCAUCCAAACCUCAAGCCAUGGAUCCCAUCUUUUCUAACCAACCUACAACACCUAAGAUCUUCUUCUCCUCUGCUCAAGAACAGAACUUUAAUUCCAUUAAAGCUCUCAAUUUCAAGCAGUCUAAGUGAAAACAACCCAACAGAACAAUCCUCCUCCGCAGGCAAUAUCAAACGCUUUGCUCUUUCCCAAGAAGCUAGAACCAAAAUCAAUGCAUACUCAGAUAGAGAUUUCUAUGAAUACCCAAGAUUUGUGACCCAUGUUGAUGAUGGUUUCCUUUCUACAUUAACCAAUCUUUACAGAGAACGGUUGAGGCCUGAUUCAGAGAUUCUUGAUCUUAUGAGUUCAUGGGUUAGCCAUUUGCCCAAGGAUGUCAAGUAUAAAAAAGUUGUGGGUCAUGGCAUAAAUGCAGAAGAGCUUGCCAAAAACCCUCAGCUGGACUAUUUCUUUGUGAAGGAUCUGAAUCAGGAUCAGAAGCUUGAAUUGGAGAGUAGCAGUUUUGAUGCUGUGCUGUGCACAGUUAGUGUGCAGUACCUUCAACAGCCUGAAAAGGUAUUUGCUGAAGUGUUUCGAGUGCUAAGGCCAGGAGGGGUAUUCAUUGUGAGCUUCAGCAAUCGAAUGUUCUAUGAGAAAGCCAUAAGCGCAUGGAGAGAUGGGAGUGAAUACAGCAGGGUUCAAUUGGUGGUGGAAUACUUCCAAUGUGUGGAAGGAUUUACAGAGUCUGAAAUUAUUAAGAAAAUACCAACUGCUGCUGCUAAUCCUCAACAAGUAAAUGAUUAUUUACUGAGUUUGCUUGGAUUUGGGUUUUCUGGGUCGGAUCCUUUCUAUGCUGUAUUAGCUUACAAGAACUUCAAACCUGUUUACGAAUAGUGAAUGACUAAAAAUUUUGAGAAUAAAAUAAAAAAUAAAGAAAAAUGCCAAGCUCUGUCUUGUUAAACACA